CGUGGUACAUCCUGUUUAUACACGGUCUUCGGAGCACCGGUCUUCCCAGCUGACUCGGGACAAGCAGCCAGAACCCGCAGCUGCUGCCAAAGCCUUUAACCGGCCUGGGGGGGUUUACAGUCUGUCUCCUAAAAUAUAGCCUGAACAUCGAUCUAUUUUUUUUUUCUGCAGGAUGGUAUCGUGCUCAGAUUCACCUCGCAAGCGAUGAAUGAAACGAGCGCCGAGGGGACCGGACGGAGACCGGCGGAGGUUGUGUUCGCUUCGGGCUGCUCAGCCCCGCUUCUCGGGCUCGUCGAAGGAUGGAGCGCUGGUUGACGGCGGAAGGCAAGCGGUCCGUGUCCCGGCUUCUCCUCGGCCCUGCCCUCGUCCUGUCGCUCCUCGCGGUGCAAGCGAGCUGUCACGGCAGCUGCACGCACAGAGUCCCCUCCCGCGGCGAGGUUGUCCAUCAAGUGCACUUGAAACCCGAGCGCCUGACCAAGAGAAGUUCUCCCGACGACCUGCAGCUAAAGAUAAAGAUCAUCUACGACAGCAGCGUUGAUCGACUUCCUGCAGACAAACGGAGACUGGUGAAGGACAAGCUGUUUCCUCAGGCCAUCGACUACCUCCAGAGGGCUUUCAGCGUGAGGCGCAGGGUGGGACCGGUGCUGCUCAGCAGACAAUGUGCGACCAACCAGUACAUGAGGAAGAGAGGUGACCCUCACCGAUACUGCCAGGAAGCCUGUGCAGACAUCACCCGGUGCGGUCCUGUUGUCGUACCACAGCACCACCUGCAGCAAUGCAAGGUAUGCAGCGAGUCUGGCAAGUCGUGCGGCCCGACGGGGCCCCCGGACGGCCCCGGGGUGGACGGGUCAGACUUCGUGCUCUACGUCAGCGGCGUCACCACCGAGCGGUGUGGACAGGAGAACAUAGUGGCCUACGCCGCCUACUGCCAGCUGGAGGCAGAGCUGGACAGGCCCAUAGCAGGCUAUGCCAACCUGUGUCCUGCCAUGAUCUCCUCUCAGCCUCAGGAGUUUGAAGGGAUGCUCUCCACCGUCAAACAUGAGAUCAUCCAUGCUCUGGGCUUCUCGGCCGGUCUGUUCGCCUUCUACCACGACGAUGAGGGCAAACCUCUGACUCCUCGCUUUGCCAGCGGCCUACCUGCGUUCAACGACAGCCUGGGCCUGUAUCAGUGGAGCGAGGCGGUGAUCAGGAGGGUCAGCAGGCUGUGGGACAUCAGGGGAGGAGAGAUGGUGCGGCACCAUGUGCACGUCCUGGUCACUCCUCGGGUCGUGGAGGAGGCAAGGAGGCACUUUAACUGUCCCAUCCUGGAGGGGAUGGAGCUGGAGAACCAGGGAGGAACGGGAACCGAGCUCAAUCACUGGGAGAAGCGGCUGCUGGAGAACGAGGCCAUGACGGGCUCCCACACCCAGAACCGGGUGUUUUCUCGCCUCACGCUGGCCAUCAUGGAGGACAGCGGCUGGUACCGGGCCAACUACAGCCUGGCCCAGAGGCUGGACUGGGGCCGCGGGCUCGGCUGCGACUUCGUCAUGAAGAGCUGCAAGUUCUGGAUGGACAGACAGAGACAAAGGCGGCACCCUGUGACCCCGUUCUGUGACACGGUGCGGGCCUCUCCUCUGCAGCUGACCUGCAGACAGGACCAGCUGGCUGUGGCUGUCUGCAACCUGCAGAAAUACCCCCAGCAGUUACCGCUGGAGUACCAGUAUUUUGAUCGGAUCCCGGAUGUGGCCGCCGAUCAGCUGUCGUCCUUCGGGGGCGCUGUGGAGAUCGCUGAUUUCUGCCCCUUCAGCCAGGAGUUCAGCUGGCACCUCAGCGGAGAAUAUCAAAGAAACUCCUACUGCAGAGUAUCGGAGAACCAGCCAGACUGGUGGAGGAAUUACGGAGCGGAGCAGUACGGCCCGGACUCUGUGUGUCUGUACCAGAAGUCCGCCUUUGUCAUGGAGCAGUGCACCAGGAAGAUGACGUAUCCAGACUGGGGCUCUGGAUGCUACAAGGUUUCGUGCUCCUAUCAGGGCCUGACGGUGUACGUUCAGGAUCGCUCCUUCCUGUGCUCGCGGAAGGGCCAGCUGCUGAGCGUCAGCGUGCGAGUCAGCGACUGGGUUUACAACGGCGUGCUGGUGUGCCCCGCCUGCACCGACUUCUGCGACGACUGCCCCCUGCCCCACCAGCUCCUGCCCAUCAACACCUCAAGGAGCAACCCCAUUGAUCCCUGCUCCAGUUCUCCAGGCCUGGCCAUCACUCUCUGGCUCCUUCUGCUCAACCUGGUCCCUCUAGUGGCUGGACUGCUGGUCUGCCACUGCAGCUGAUAAAACACACUCACAGCCACACACACAUUCACUAUAAGGUAGCUAAAACUCUACUGUACUGUAGCCCUCAGAGGACUUGACGAUACGCCUCUUUCCUUCUUGUUUUUCUUCUGUGUUUGUUUUUCCUUUUUAUCCUCAAGCUGGAACCCCCUUCCCCCCCAUUAUUCUAACAUCCUCUUCCUCCAUUCUUUCCCCUUAUUUCCACCUUUCCCCACCUGUUUUCCUCUCAGGAUCUUUGCUCUUCCAUUCCUCUUUUGGGGUUUUCCGAUGAUAAAACUGUGUUUGCAUCUCUCAGUGCUGUCUGCUGCAGGAACCUGUGUUUACAUGCACUUCAAAAACGAGGUUACAGUCAGCCUUCAUGGUACUAAGAACCCAGGUCACUGUAAUCGGAAUGUAAAGGUUGCAAACACCUGACGCACUCCUCGGCCCGCAGACGGCGAUUACGUCUCUAAGUGCCAGAACAUUAUCACUGGCUGGAAGAGGUACGGUUAUUUGAAUGUGGCAGCUUGUGUCGUUACUUGCAGGUAUUUGUUCCCAGCAAAAGAAACCAUCUGUCUUUGGCCGAGCACAGAAUUAGUUUUUUGUAGUGCACAUUAUAAACCGAUGCUUCUCUUUAUAAGCCUGCGGUACAUUUAUGUUGAUGUAAAUAUACAGAAUUAUUUAAAAAUAACAAUUUUUACUACAGGAAACGAUACCAACAGAUUUCUAUUACCGAUUAAGUUAGGCGACGGUUAGCUUUCUACUUAAAAUUUCAGUAUUUUCUUAAAUUUGGGCUCUCUUCAGACCCGGCAUGUACAGGCGUCCUUGCUGGUUCAGGUAAAAGUUGACAGCUUUUAACACGACAGUUUCUACCUGACAUUAAAAUCCAUCCUAAAUAAUUGGGUCUCAGUUAUAUGCAAGCAAACACUUAGCCAUGUCCCAACGUGGCCUUUUGGUCAUCAAUAGGUCGGCUGAUGUUUGUUACAUCACAGUUUUCAGCCACUUCAAGCGUCAUUAUUCAGACACCAAGAAAUUACAAGCAGUCUGUGAAAUUAGUUGGCGCCACAUUUCUGUGACGUUAUUUGCAUCAAAAGCUUAAAUUUGUAGCUCAACAGAUGUGACAAUGUGGAAAGCUAAGGAAAUUAAAUGGUGUGCCAGUUUAGACAGCUCAGGGUCGGCGCACAGACACUGAUGAUUUUAAU